CGGACAAUUCAUUUUAUUGGACGGUGAUGAUAAAGUUACAAUAUAGAAAAAAAUAUUAAUAUAUUUCUCCUUAUUUGUUGACCUGUAAAAUAAUGACUGUACGUCCGCUACCACCGGUGUUAGCUGAAAGAGCUAAGAAUGAAUUAAACGAAGAUCCAAACCGAUUGCAGAAUGACUUGCAAAGUCUGAAAGAGUGGAUUGCUAAGCAACCACAUCUACGCGCCAGAACAGUCACUAUUUCAGACGAUCAAUGGCUACUAUCAUUUCUACGUGGUUGCAAAUUCAGUCUGGAAAGGACCAAGGAAAAGCUCGACCUGUUUUAUGCCUGCAGGAGUACAGCGCCUGAUUUUUAUAGGAUCAAACAUACAGAUCCGAAAUUUAAUGAAAUUCUGGAUCUGGGGGUUUUUCUCAUUCUGCCAAAUUUUAAAUCCGACGCAACACCGUCCUUUGCACCGCAAGUUACGAUAAUACGACCUGGAGCCUACAAUCCUGACAAAUAUUCCAUCACAGAAACUGUUUCUGUAUCCAAUGUUCUUGAAAAAGUGAGUAGUUACAAGAUUUACUAAUUUUACUUGAGUAUAAGUACAUAAGUCGUCUAAC